CCUUUGUCAUGCCUUUUCCUCCAAGCAACCCCUCUGUCCCUUCCCUUUCCAUUCCCUCUUUUGUCCCUUACUUUUUAUUAACCUAUCACUGUAAACUUCAGUCCUUCUCUACCAGAUAUCUCUCUGAUAUGAUCUCUUUAUUCUCCUCUCACAUGUGCCUUCCUCUCCCCUCCUUUUAUAUCCCAUCCCAUUCUUCCCAUUUCACCAUUCUCUCUCUCUCUCUCCCCCUCCAUGGAGCCUCAACAACAACAGCAACAAAAUGAUCAAGAUGAAGGGGGGAACAAAAACAGUUUCUUGUGCAGGCAGAGUGGUACAAGGUGGACACCAACCACUGAGCAGAUAAGAGUACUGAAGGAGCUUUACUACAACAAUGGAGUUAGGUCACCAAGUGCUGAGCAGAUUCAGAGGAUCUCAGCUAGGUUGAGACAGUAUGGUAAGAUUGAAGGAAAGAAUGUGUUUUACUGGUUUCAGAACCAUAAAGCUCGCGAGAGGCAGAAGAAAAGGUUCACCACUGAUCGUAUGAUCUCCAUGCAACCAAAAAGUAGUAGUACUGGUUGUGGUUGGAGAUCUGAUCAUCAUGACCCCCUUUACAACAAGUACCCCAACAUCACUACUACUCCUCCAGGGGUGCCAUCCCCAUCUUGUUCUUCUUCAUCAAGUGUGAUUGCUGCUGGGAAAAUGGGAGGCUAUGGGUAUGGAUCUGCAACCAUGGAGAGGAGUUUUAGGGAUUGUUCAAUAUCAAGAGGUGGUUGUGCUGGUGGUGGAUCAAUAGGCCACAAUUUUGGAUGGGUUGGUGUUGAUUCAUAUUCUACAUCCUACCCUUUCUUGGACCAGAGAAAAUAUGUUGAUGAAACCCUAGAAGAGGAACAAGAAGACCAACCCCCUGAGAUUGAAACUCUACCUCUCUUUCCCAUGCACGGAUUCAACAUCAAGCCGGAAUCUGACAUCUAUCACAAUGCCAGCUGGUAUCUGUCUAAUGAAGGCAAGGGCAGUUCUCGUACUUCCCUUGAACUUAGCCUCAACUCCUACACCGGCCGGUAGGUCACCGGACUCUACCUGAUUUUUCCGGCAUAUAUAUAUGUGUCUGUGUUAUGCUCAUUCUAGUGUUUUGCUCAUUAUAUUAGGUUAGUCUAAACUUAUUGCCUUUCUUUGUGCUCCCGAGUCUCUUGUUUAAAUCAAUGGAUUCUUCAACUUCAUUGCUCGGACAAUGUAUGAGAUGCUUGAUGGCAUAGAUUUUACAAUUUCUCA